AUGGAAUACGUUUCGUCGAACAAAAGGACAAAGAAACUCGUACUUGACGGUUUCGUUUAUGCCAAGCAGAAAGCCCUGAAGGCUGGGAUUCGAUGGCGAUGCGUCAAACGUGACGAAUGCAAGGAAGCCGUCAUCGAAAGCUGUGGAACCUACUCUGUAAGCGUGACACACAGCCACCCGGGAGACGACGCUGCAGUAAGUGUUCUUAAGGCAAGGAACAAAAUAAAAGAAAUCACCGCAUUGUCGAAUGAAAAGCCAGCAAGCGUUGUGCGACGAGUGCUGCAAGACCUUAGCGCGGAGGAAAAAGCACGGAUGACAUCAGAGGACAGUAUAAAGCGUUCCAUCCGCCAGCAACGUGCCUUGAGCUACCCACCCGAUCCAGAGUGGCUGGCGGACCUUGUCAUUGAGGAGGAGUGGAGGACUACCGGCGGUAUCCAGCCGGAGCUGUUUCUGUUUCACGACAAUGGACCGGCGGCUGAUACGCGGUUGCUCGUCUUCGGAACAGAAGAUUGUCUGCGUGCUCUAGCUGACAGUGACUACUGGUUCAUGGACGGUACCUUCGACUUCGCCCCGAAAAAUUUCACUCAGCUAUACGUCAUUCUCGUCCCUCUUGGGGAAGCGGCGGUGCCUGUCGUAUAUGCACUUAUGGAGAAGAAGACGCAGGCAUGUUACGAGGAGCUACUCCGAGCUGUGACGUCGAAGUGCACCUCCCUUGGUGUCACUCCGGAUCCCGAAAUCGUCGUUACAGAUUUCGAAAAGGCGUCAAUGAAUGCGGUGAAAGAAGUCAUCGGAAGCGAGGUGAAAACUCAAUGA